GUGAGAGGGUGUCUGGUCCUGUUAAAGGCUGUUUGAGUCAUCCGCUGAUCUGAGCGAGCGGCGUUGGGCUGUGGCGAAGAACGGCAGUCACCCAGCAGUGCCCCCCAAGCCGCCCAUUAAUCCAUAUACCUGCAUUGACUCGCCUGCAACACCGGGAGUCCUGCUCUACCAAAAGUCCACCAAGAUGAAGCAAACCAUGGCAUGCAGCGUUGGCUGCUGGAUAAUUGGCGUUGUUUAAAGUCGAUCGAUUUAUCAACCACCAACACACAAACGUUCUGGUCCUGAUCGAUCUGACCCUCUCUUGUCAUCAAGGCUUCAGAAUCCUUCUACACAUCGCCACUACCAUUCUCAGAAACAACGACUCUUUGUUCCUGGAGACCCUAGCCGAACUGCGGACGUGGACGGCAGGUGUCCUAUCUACACCACCGUCCUCGAGCCUCACAUUUCACUGCUCACCAUACACAAUUCACCUCUAAUUACCAACUCCUCACCAAUCCGUCACCUCCAUCCCUUAUCAGCGAUCUAAACUGAAUCACAACCUUCAUCUCUGCUUUUACUGCUUGGAGGCCCGUCAACGCCACCAAAGCGCAGUCUGCAAAUACCCAUCUCCACUCUAACACAGCCAUAAAUCAAGUCGAAAGACAAACAUGAGUUCUUGGACAACGAACUAUUCAAAAGAAUCAUCUCUUCGUCAAAGCCCACCGCCAGAGUCACACGCUGUUUUGGUCAUUCUACAUCAAGGCAAUCCUAGGAUUGACGAGCACCUGUACCCCGAUAUCUGCAAGCCUGAGUUUGUUUCGGCAUAACUAUUGCGCAAGCGUAUCUGGUACUGCUGGUUAGAUCAGGAUCUCCCUGUGCAAACGAAACAGCUGAUAUUGUUCUCUGCCUCGCGGUGGGUUUGCGACCCUUCUAUUCCUCCCGGUUACUACUUCUGUUUUCUCUCGACUACCAUACCACAUUCACGCAAGAAGUGCCGAACUGAUCUCCGUUGGGCCGAGAUCUGACCUCUUAAAUCUGGCAUAGAUCUCUGUAAAUCAUAGGAAGAUGGGCGUUGGAGAAGCCAUAGGUUUCUCUAACUCCUAUAAUCCACAAAAUGUGCAAGGCUGGCUCGAUGAUCAAGGUCAUUACAAAGUCCCACAGUCGAUCUGGCCCACGGGCCAGUGCAAAUUCAAGAAAGAUGUCGACCAAGGCAGCGUGGCUUCUGCGGAUGACGUUGUGAGCAUCAGCGAUUCUUCCCAGUCGUCGCAUUCAUCGGAGUCGUCAAGCCAUACUGUAUGGACAAGCGCUACCGAUCCUGCCGAGAUUUUCUUGGACGAUGAAGAGAAAGAUGAGCAGCCAUCCCGAUGCUCAAAUGGCUCUCACAACGUGGAGCCUCAAGAAUAUCUGCUGAAGGGACUUCAGACCAAGGAUGAGGCUUCUUGCCGCAACCGCUUGCCGGCAAGCCAGUUCUACCAGGGCGUGAAGCCAGACUCAAGUGUUCACCUAAGACCCUCAGCCUGUUCAAGGAUCUCUUCACAAGGAAGUACGCAGCCUUACGCCGGAGAAAUCCCUGCCGAACGUUUGGUCCACAAAACAAGCUCCCGACGCUCAACCUGUAUCGGCAAAAGCCUGUCAGGGCCUUGCAAACUCAAGCGGGAUACCGACAUCACCGAACAUUUUGUUGCCUUACUCGUCUGUUUUGCAACAAAGCUCGUUACAGCCAUCUGGCCGAUGUCCGCUUGCCCCCCAAUGUCAUCGACAUGCUUCAAUGGCGCCGGGGUCCUCCCGCUACGCGUCUUCAUCCAGGAGACUCUAAGGAGAUCCAAGACCAGCUAUUCGACGCUGCAGGUUGCCUUGUACUACCUAGUCUUACUCAAAGCCAAGCUCCCCUCUGCACGUACGGAAUCCGAGGCCAGCGACGAAGCUUGUGGGGACAGAUCUCCUUGUCGUGCUAUGCAAUGUGGUCGACGGAUGUUCCUGUCGGCUUUGAUGCUAGCCUCGAAAUACCUUCAAGACAGGAAUUAUUCAGCUAGAGCUUGGAGCAAGAUAUCCGGUCUGCGCAGCAACGAAAUCAAUGAGAACGAAAGAGAAUAUCUUCAGAUCAUUGAUUACGAGCUUCACGUCCCCAAAGAGUCAUUUGACGUUUGGAGCAAGGUCGUCUUGUCACUCAGCAGAGUCUGCAAAGAGCAACCUCAAUCCAGACUGGGCUCGCCUGGCUCCGGUUAUCCUCCUCCGGGUAACGGGUCGAGCAAUUCAUUGGUUGAUAUGGUGUCUCAAGUCGACUUGGAAGAGCCGAACGCCCCUCACGUCUUCACUGACGUAUGGUGGACGGAUGUAAUCAAUCAGCUUGGUCCAGGACUAGUCAAGGACGUGAAGCUAGCGGAUGACUUCCUCCUGAGGAACCUACCAGCGGACCAGAUGGCACAGGUUUCCGCCUAUCAUCUCGAGAAACAAACAAAGGAGUCUGUUCAUGCAAUUCCUGCAACGACUCCCCCAGCCUACGACCUCAACUUCAGCGAUAGCUUCAAGUCAAGCGCAGCUCGGCAGGAACCUAGCACUCCACAGACUCCAAUGGAGAUGAGUCCGGCUCGUGGCUCUGCGUUACCCAUGCGACCUCACCUGCGGAACCUGCCAACCCCACAAACGACUCCUCGGGUUGCAGACAAUUUCCAGUGGGCCAGUAAUUGCAACAGACCUUCGCUUCGUUGCUCCGCAUCGGUAGAUGCGCUGCGCAAUAUGCGAAAGCAAUGUUUUAUGAAUGCGAAUCUGGAGCGUUGCCCGCCACCACGACCUCAGUGCGACGCAUUACCAUCUAUGAGAUCCCUUCUACGUCCUGCAGAGACUAGCCGGGAGCACUCUAGCAGAUCUGUGUUCACUGCCUCGCCCCUUUCCAUUGUUUCAGAAACACCACCACUGACUUCGCGUUCGCGAUCUUCUUCCAUCUCCUCAAGUUCAUCAUGGUCUUCGACCCUGCGGUCGAAAGGCAGUGGAAGCGAGCAAUUCAGCUCACCACUGGCGAGAAUCCUCUCAUCCUCCGAUGAAAACGUCAAACCCCCGUCGACGACGCUGCUGAGACCAGAUACUUCGUUUAGCAGAUUCUGCGAUGAGGGUUAUGGUAGUAGUGAGGAAGCAUUCGCCAAAGGGUCCAAGCACCCAUUCGCAACCAGCUCGGAAUUCGAUGCGCUGCAGGCACUGAUGUCGUUGUCAUCACAUUCUGAGACUCCGAGUCAGAGUGUGACGCCUACACCACAGCGGCUGGCAGAACAAGGUAUCCUUGCCAUGCGACCGAUCAACAGCUCACCACGAGGUCACAAGAGAACUUUGUCAAAGACAAACGAAACCCUCCAGACGCAAGUGAGAAGGACUCUUGCUGAUCCUCGUAUGGUUCGCGAUGUCAUCGAAGAUCCCGUGGCACCGUUGUAUGACAACACACCGAAGCAAUGGCAGGUACCGGCAAGAAGUUGGGCAGAACCCAGGAGGGCUUUGCCUAACAACAUGGACAACAAGCGUGUGGCAACGUAUUGCUCAAUUCAGCAAUUCGCUUCUGCCCCGAACCUGGCAGCACAGUACCUGAAAGACACGAUUAUCACGGCUUCUUAGAAAGAUGCCGGUGGCAGUGCAGAAGCUGAUCGUGACAAGUGCAGUGCACUUGAGUUGCAGGAGCGAUGACCUCUUUCGUGGAUGUCAAGCCGACAAGGUUCAUCGACUAAUUGCUCAUCAAGGCUGCCUUUGCCCUGUCACCAUUGGUGAUGACGCAUCGCCGCGCCAGUUGAGACAAUCGGUCAGGACCAGGAGACCGGAUUCUUGAUAGUCAUGUCCAGUCCGAUGCCACUCAAAGUGGAAGGCCAUGCUCAGGAUUGUAUCACCAACCGCCUCAUUAAUGCAGCAGCCACCUGAAAAAAUUUUGAUACCCCAGGCUGGACUGUACUUGCCAUUGAGAUCAUGUCAGAAUAUCAAGGAGCAUUUUGAACCACAUGCUUCAUAUCGAGACUAUGAUUGAAUUCAAUCAUUGCACUAGUUGUGCAAGCCUUUGGACAAAAGAGUUCGAAAGUGCGUGGAGGGAGCUAUUUCAGGGCUUUUUUAUGUAUGGUAUAUGAAUAUAAUACCGAUCGAAAAAAACGGCUUAUUCCGAAUCUCCUGCUCUUUAUUCCCUUGUUCUGGAUCUUGAUUGUUCGGCGUGGGUGUUCUCUGGACGGAUGAAGGGAUUUAAUAGACGUCUUUCGUCAAACUCGAGGGAAUGUUUACCUUACACACCAUAGCACCUGGUACGUGUGUGGCUCUUACGAGGCUAACCAUA